AUGGCUGUAAGCACGUCAAACGUCGCCGGUAUCGUUGCGGGUAGAAACCCACUCGAGUACCUGGCAUCGACCCCCUAUGUGCUUUUUAUUUUCCAGUCCAUCAUCAUCCUUCUUCUUUGCUGGAUACUUAAUUGGCCGCUCCGUAAAAUCCAACAGCCUAAGGUAAUCGCUGAAGUGAUUGCAGGGGUGUUGCUUGGACCUUCAGUGAUGGGGCAUGUCCCAAACUUUACCAAUACUGUUUUUCCCAAAGAACUGAUCGCCGGAUUGACGUUGGUAGCUAAUGUUGGUAUUAUCUUGUUCCUUUUUAUGAUUGGGUUGGAAGUUGACGUGCAGUUCAUCAAACGCAACUUGAAGUCGGCCCUUUCCGUAGGGCUUAUCAAUAUGGCGGUGCCCUUCGCCUUGGGUUGCGGUAUCGCUAAAGGGUUUUACAACCAAUACGCCGAUAAGGACAACGAAAAUGUAUCCUUCACUACUUACAUGGUGUUUAUUGCGGUGGCUCUUUGUAUUACCGCGUUCCCCGUGUUGGCUCGUAUUUUGACUGAGCUCAACUUGAUUGGUGAUCGAGCCGGCACUAUCGUCCUCGCUGCAGGAAUCAUGAAUGACUUAACGGGUUGGAUUCUUCUCGCACUCACUGUCACUCUCGCCAACGCAUCCAAACCAGUCAAUGUCGUGUACAUUUUAUUAUUGACUUUGGCGUGGUUUUUGUUCAUGCUUUAUCCAGUACGGAUUGUGAUGCGGUUUUUGAUUACUCGCUUCACCAACGAUAUGGUCACGGGUGAGCCGUGCCAACUGUCGAUGCUUAUGAUUCUUGUGUGUUGCUUCAUUCUGGCCUUCUUCACUGAUAUCAUCGGUAUCCAUCCCAUCUUUGGGGCGUUUAUGUGUGGAAUCAUUGUACCUCGUACUCGUGGAUACGCAGUCAAAGUUACUGAGCGAAUCGAAGAAUUGGUGCAAAUUUUAAUGAUUCCGAUCUACUUUUGUCUUGCUGGUCUCAAUGUUAAUCUUGGAUUGUUAAGUGAAGGUAUUGACUGGGGUUACACCAUCGGCAUUAUUGGUCUUGCUAUGGCUGGUAAAGUUAUUGGUGGGUAUGUCGCUGCUAGACUUAACAAACUCUUCCAGCGUGAAUCACUAGCUGUUGGGGUUUUGAUGUCAUGUAAGGGUAUUGUGGAAAUUGUCGUAUUGAAUGUCGGGCUACAAGCAGGUAUUAUCUCGCAAAAAGUGUACACUAUGUUUGUAAUUAUGGCACUUGUGACCACCUUUUUGACUACUCCCCUUGCGUUAUGGGUAUAUCCAGUUUCGUACCGUGAGAAACGUGAUAAAUACUUACGUGGUGAAUGCGAUUGGAAUGGCAACCCCAUAAUCAAAGCCGAUGAGGACUCGAAUCUGGAUGCCAACCUUGCACUGAUGGCUAUCUCAGACCUUGGGAAUUAUGAAAUCUCACGUACCACUUUAUUGCUCAAGAGUAUCGAUACAAUUUCUUAUCUCAUGCAAUUUUUGCAAAAUUUCGUCAAAGCAGGUUCUAGGAACGAAAUCAAGGCAGUCCAUUUGCGUGAGUUCACGUCAAGAACGUCUCAUUUGUUGGAGGCUCUGACCAACUUACAUGAUGAUCAAGUUAUGAUUAGCGAUGACAAUCGUGCUGAGUUUGGGAACUCUUCCGCCAUCUUGAUGAUUGUCAAAGCCUUUUCGGAGGUGUCAAAUUUUGAAUGUACGCUCAAGCUGGUGCUUUCCACAUUUCAAAACCACGUGUUGACUGUGAACAAUCAGAUACAAUCAUCUGAUGAACUUUUGCUCACAUCUUUGCGUCUUAGCAAUUUUAGUCAAGAUUCCCAUGAUUACCUAUUAUGCUCUCGGUUGUUCAACCAAGCAAAGUGCCAUUUUGGUCUUCUCCUCGUCAAUGAAAGGCUCGCUGGCUACCGCAGAUUCAGUCGUGACUCAACCUAUAAAGACAAUGUCGGGAACAAAGCAGGGGUGGUCACAACUGUGGAAGUGGAAGAAGAUGACUCGGCUGUGUUAUACGGGGAAGAGUAUGACACCCAUUUGAUUGACCCCAAAUCUAUCAAUAUCAUGAUUACAAAUGACAACAUCAUUUCUUCGAAUGAUAAACUUGCGUUGUUUAUUGUUUACAGACUUAUUGCAAGCAUAACAACUCAGGUGAACGUAUUUGUGAAAACGGGUUCGCUUCUGCUGUCUAUGACUGCCCAACGUCAAGAUGAAAUCAAUAGUUUGUUCACUGGGAAGAAUCCUGGACUUGAAGUCAACUUUUUCAUGUUCAAAGAAAAUGUGUCGAAGCAAAUCCACAAGUACCAUCCAAAUAUCCGUACCGAGGUGUUUGUUGUCGGGAACAACAGCCCAGUGGUUCUGGAUGCGGACACUCAACUGAUUAGUAUCUUUGACGAUGGAGUCAAGGAAUUGCUCAACGCCAGUGUGGAGCAUCAAUUUCAUGUCUUAUUGAUGAAGGCAAAAGGUGUGUAG